AUGAAUGAGUCUGUCACACAGUUCAGCAACGUGAACAACGAAAAUGCAGACGAACCACCGGGCUAUCAAAAUGCUGUCAACAAUUUGUACAAUCAGCUGUUCACGGGACGAGGCUAUAACCGCUAUUUGUCGCCAAUCUACGGAGUGAAACCAAAGAAUGCCACUGGCUGGACAGGCCCGAAGCUGCACAUUCAUUUCGACCUUUGGUACAUCAAACUGAUUUCGUUGGAUGCCGAGAGCCAACUGCUGAGCAUUUGCCUUCAAUUAAAAACGUUUUGGCGAGACACGCGACUUGCAUGGAAUGCGAGUGAUUUCUUCGACAUUGAGCACAUAUUCGUCUCCUCGGACGCAAUUUGGGUCCCGGAUACGCUGAUUGGAAACUCGUUUGUUUUUAAAGAGAACAAUCUC